CCCUAUGAAAUAUAUGUUGCAACAUGGCGGAUAACAAAAUUUUAACUGAUUCUGAAUUAGUGACUGCAUUGGAAAGUUUUGGUGAAAAAGUACAGCUGCCUAUUAAAGCAAAUAGGCGUCCAAUUCUUAUUAAAAAAUUAAAUCAUCUUAGAGCCAGAGUCAAGCCAAAUACAACUCCAUCUUUCAAAAACAAGAUUAAACAAAACUCGCCAUCAACAGUACCACCGGUGUCACCUCGUUCGACAAAUUCGAUUGUAAACAACCAACACUCACUUAACACAUCAUUUGCAACUGCUCCAAGAACAUCUCGUUCGUAUGGCUUAGAAACAAGAUCUGGACCAUCAAAUCUUGAAGCUUUGAGCUCAGAUGAUAGUGAUACUGAUUAUGCACACAACUAUUCAGUAGGUCAAACAGCUAGCGCAACAAAUCACACCCGAGACAAAAGUCGAUUAUCAACAAAUGUGUCUGACAAUGUUCUCAGAACAUUAAGACGAAGAACUGCUGAAUUACCCCCAAAACGCACUCGAAAAGUUGAGGUCCAUGAACAAAGCAGUGACAGUACAGGUGGCUUGGGUAAUAGCUCUAUGGGCAGUGAUGAAGAAAUUCCUGUUCCAUCCCCUGCAAGAUCAAGACUUUAUCCCAAUUUACGACAAGCUACAUCUUUCCUUUCAAAAUCAGAUGAUGAAAAAGAAAAGUUUGAAUCAUCAGAUUCUGAUCUUGAAGGAAGUACCUAUAUGGUUGAAAAUAAGUCAGUAAACACAUCUUUCAGUGAUGUUCACCUACGGAAAAACCCUGAUAAUGAUAAGCUCUCAUCAAGUCUUGGCCACAAAUUCAACUCUUCAACAAGCUCAUCAAUAACUCCAUUAAAUAGUUCACAAUUUCUCCAACAAACAGCAUGCCCAACCAGACGAUGUGCUAGUGGGCCUCUUAGAGUACAACAGUAUAAGUCAAAGUAUUUGGAAAAUUUGCCCCACAUUUUAGUCGCAAUCGUGAUUUUAUUUUUUGUUGUAUUGUCAGUCACCUAUGCUGUGAUACACAAAGAUUAUUUUUUCUCAUGGUUUUCCACAGUAAAUAAUAUAGGUAAAACUGACACAAUAUUAAGCUGUAAAGAUGCAACACCAGGAAUUGAGAACUGUUAUCAACAUGAGGAAGUGGAGAGUAGUCUUGAAAUAAUUAAGGAUUUGUUUUCUCAACUAAGCAUCAAGAAAGGCAAUGCUCUGUGUGAUAUUGAAAAGUCUGGUGAUGAAGAUCUGAGUAUUUUGUCAUUUCACAGCAAUAUCUUAAAGAAAAAUCAGAAAAAUGCUGGACAAAGAAUCUAUGACUGCUGCUUGGAUCACAUCUUGGCUAAUGCUCAUUGGAAUAUUCUACCUUUAAAAGAAGAUGGGACUAUUGCCACAACAAAGGAAGAGGUUUUUAAACUUCAGUCGGGUGUUGCUGAUAUGUCACUGUGGUGUCGACUGCACCGAUCUUUGACUACAGUCUUGUUUGGACUAGCUUUUGUUGUUGUUGGAAUAGGAUGUAUUCUGCUAAUGUCUGCAUUUAUUCGGUAUAGAAAGAAACAAAAAGAUAAGGAGCAGGAAGAGAUCCAUGCUAUGGUGGAAAAAAUAAUUGAUAUGUUAAAAGAACACAAUGAACAAGCAAGGAAUGAUGUUGAUGGUCCACCAUUUUUGGUUGUCCAACAUGUUAGAGAUGAGUUGCUUCCUGUGUCUGUUAGAGUCCAGAGAAAGGCAAUUUGGGACAAAGCAGUUGAGUACAUUGAUGCUAAUGAGUCGAGGGUACAGCUGGGAACAACCAUGUUAAACGGUGAAGAAUUUUCUGUUUGGUACUGGAUACAGCCUUCUUUGCAUAAUGGUAAAAUUUGGCAGGGUCAAGCUUUUGGGGAGAAAAAUGACUCCAAUCAAGUUAUUUACAGCCCAACGCCCUGUCUUAAAAUUAGAAACAUGUUUGACACUAAUGUUGAAAGUGGAAAAAACUGGGAAAAACUAGUCAAAGAUGCCAUUUUAGAGAAGUGUAAGAGUGUGGAGAGCAUUGUUCAUGUGUAUGUGGAUGUGGAAUCUUUAGAAGGAUGUGUCUACCUCAAGUGUACAAGCUGUGAGGCAGCUGGUAAGGCAAGGCUUGCCCUACAUGGUUGGUGGUUUGAUGGUCGACUAGUAACUGUCAAACAUCUGAAAACAGAACAUUAUCAUAAACGCUGGCCCGAGGCUCGUCAGGCUGUUUCACCACUCCAGCCUUCAACCAAUGACAUGAAGUCUCUCUCACAGCCCUUCUACCGCUCAUCACUUGAGACGCUUUAACACUGCAGCCAGUCUAGUUGUUGACAUGAUUGUUGUCACAUGACAUUGUUGUUGACAUGACAUUGCAGUAUAGUCCAGGCAUGCUAACAUUUUGUCAGAGUUACAAGGUUCUUGCUGAUGUUUUUGUGAAAGGUUUUUAGGGAUGUUUUUGUGAAAGUUUUUUAGGGAUGUUUUUGUGAAAGUUUUUUAGGGAUGUUUUUGUGAAAGGUUUUUAGGGAUGUUUUUGUGAAAGUUUUUUAGGGAUGUUUUUGUGAAAGUUUUUUAGGGAUGUUUUUGUGAAAGGUUUUUAGGGAUGUUUUUGUGAAAGUUUUUUAGGGAUGUUUUUGUGAAAGUUUUUUAGGGAUGUUUUUGUGAAAGUUUUUUAGGGAUGUUUUUUUGAAAGGUUUUUAGGGAUGUUUUUGUGAAAGUUUUUUAGGCAUGUUUUUGUGAAAGUUUUUUAAGGGAUGUUUUUGUGAAAGUUUUUUAGGGAUGUUUUUGUGAAAGUUUUUUAGGGAUGUUUUUGUGAAAGAUUUUUGGUGAUGUUUUGUGAAAGGUUGAUUGAAAAUUAGGUUAGUUAAACAAAAGAGAUAUUAUUUAUUUUAUACUUUAUGUAUGAAAACAGUGCAUGAUCAAGAUUUGAAAGUAAUAUUUCACCAGGCCAUUUAGCAACAUAGACUGCACUAAAGAGCUAAUAAACACACUGUACAUUUUAAUACUACUCAGUUAUGUAAAUGAACAAUUUUUAAAACUGUUCUGUUAACUAAAAGGAUUUUUAUUUGAAUGAAUUUAUUUUGACACCAAUAUGUUUAGCUUAUCAAUCAUUCAUUAAUUGGUUUCAAUCUAGCUUUUUAAUCUUCUCUAACCCUUUGCUCCAAGCAUAAUCAUCUAAAGAUUGUGCACACAAAAAGUGCUUGAAGCUAUUUGAUCACUUUACAGAGACCAAUAACAGUCAGUGUUGUGUUAGAGAGAGAUUUGAGAUCUUUGAUUUGAUUGGUCUAAAGGUAAUUUCUACUGCUCAUCUGAUUGGUGCAUCAGCUUUAAAACCUUUUCCUGUUCAGUGUGAGCCCAUUUGAACUUGAGACUUUAGAAUGCAAUAUAGAACAUAGAUUCAUUGGUUUCAUUUUUCUAUCUUUACUUUUACAAAUUAAUAUGGGGGGGAUGUCAUUAAAGUAUCUGUAAGAAUAUAUUUUGUUGUGUUUUAUAAACUGCUGUUUGAAGUGUGGCAUCUUGUUAUGGCAGUUGAAGAAUCUGGAAUAUUUGGUAGCAACUAGCUGUCAUGUAUAUAUUGAGUAGAGACUCGUGUACUGUACCAACACUAUAUUCAUUCUGAGCCAGAUUAAAAAGCUUUUCUUUAUCCCAA